AUGUCGCCUCCAUUUCUGUCUGCGCUUCUUUCGCUGUUGCUCUUUUAUGGCUAUGCCUACUGCAACACUGUCAUGUUUAAUCCGUGUCGCAGCCAAAUUGACACCACACCAGAGGAGCAGCGAUUAUUUCUGGACAAUUGGCAGGAGCACGGGAGCUCGAUCGUUCUGGAUCGUUCCUUCAGGUGUUUUGCCACUUGCAUACUCUACGACAUGCACAUUAUGGAUGAAGAUGGGCAGCUGCACAUGGAGCAGUAUAUGGUGGUGGAGGCCCAAAAGGCGUCGUGGAACAGCAGCGUGGCCAAGUGUCAGGCAGAGUUCGGGGAUGAAUUGGAUUCCUGUGGCUAUGGCUACGGCAUGGCCAAUUGUUUGCUGUCGCUGAGAGCAGCUCGUAAAUAAUAACGGAUUCCAAAAUAAAGAUUCGCGCUCUCUUGCGUGCGCUCUCUUGCGUGCGCUCUCUUGCG